GUAAAGCAAAAUGGAGGCUGACAUCUUGCCAGUGACUUGAGAAUUGCAAGGGGAAAUGACACCCUAAAGCUCCAGAUUUCGAUGUGUGGAAAGAAGGUUGUUUGUUUUAACGAAAAUCGUCGAAAUUUGUAGAAGCUGUCACAGAAAGAAAAGGUUUUGUGCGGAAGGGAGUUGCUUUCAACAGAUUUCGAAAAUGAGUAUGCGAACUGGGAAGAAAGACACAAAGAUGAGGAUUCGGGCUUUUCCGAUGACUAUGGAUGACAAGUAUGUCGAAGACAUCUGGAAUUUAUUAAAGAAUGCCAUUCAGGAGAUUCAGAAAAAGAACAACAGUGGCCUGAGUUUUGAAGAAUUGUACAGGAAUGCUUAUACCAUGGUGUUGCAUAAGCAUGGAGAGAGGUUAUACUCUGGACUCAAACAAGUUGUAACAGAACAUCUGGUAGAAAAGAUACGCAAAGAUGUAGUGGUCUCACUCAACAAUAAUUUCCUGGAUACAUUGAAUGCAGCUUGGACUGAUCAUCAGACAUCAAUGGUGAUGAUUAGAGAUAUUCUCAUGUACAUGGAUAGAGUAUAUGUGCAGCAAAAUGAUGUUGAUAAUGUUUACAACUUAGGAUUAAUCCUUUUCAGGGACUUGGUGGUGCGGCAUGGUAACAUAAGGGAUCAUUUGUGUCAAACGUUGCUGACACUGGUCAGACGAGAACGCAACGGAGAAGUUGUUGACAAGAUGGCCAUCAGAAAUGCUUGUCAGAUGCUUAUGGUAUUGGGUAUCGAAAGUAGAAGUGUUUAUGAAGAGGACUUUGAGAAGCCAUUCCUUGAAGAAUCAGCUGAAUUCUACAAAUUAGAAGGUCAAAAGUUCCUUGCAGAAAAUAGUGCAUCAGUAUAUAUUCAGAAGGUUGAAGUAAGGAUUAAUGAAGAAUCUGAACGGGCCAAGCAUUAUCUGGACCCUUCAACUGAGGAUCCUAUUGUAAAGGUUGUGGAGGAGGAGUUAAUACGCAAGCACAUGAAGACAGUGGUUGAAAUGGAGAACUCUGGUGUUAUUCAUAUGCUCAAGCACAAUAAAAUAGAAGAUCUGGCGAGAAUGUACCGUCUGUUUGUCAGAGUUAAGGAUGGGUUGAAGACAGUGUGUGACUGUAUGAGAGGAUAUUUGCGUGAACAAGGGAAAGCUCUUGUUGUUGAAGAAGAAGGGGAAAGUGGUAAAAAUCCCAUCACCUACAUUCAGAGUCUUCUAGACUUAAAAGACAGAUUUGAUCAUUUCUUGAACAAUUCCUUCAGUAAUGACAGACUAUUCAAGCAGGCGAUAUCUUCAGAAUUUGAACAUUUUCUCAAUCUCAAUGGAAAAUCACCUGAAUUUUUGUCCCUUUUCAUUGACGACAAGCUAAAGAAAGGAGUGAAGGGGCUUUCUGAACAAGAAGUAGAAACUGUAUUGGAUAAAUGUAUGGUCCUUUUCAGAUUUCUUCAAGAAAAGGAUGUAUUUGAACGAUAUUACAAGCAACAUCUGGCCAAGAGACUUCUCUUAGGAAAGAGCAUCUCGGAUGACUCAGAGAAAAAUAUGAUCUCCAAGCUGAAGACCGAGUGUGGCUGUCAAUUUACAUCCAAACUAGAAGGCAUGUUCAAAGACAUGUCACUAUCACAGUCUACAAAUGAUGAGUUCAGACAACACAUCUCCAACAACCAGAUAAAUCUUAUGGGAGUAGAUUUGGUGGUGAGAGUUCUCACAACAGGGUUCUGGCCAACCCAGGCUUCCUCGCCAAAAUGUACAGUUCCUCCUCAGGCCCAGCACGCUUUCGACUGUUUCAAAAGGUUUUAUUUAGGUUGUCACAGUGGAAGGCAGCUGACCCUUCAACCUCAACUAGGAACAGCCGAGCUCAAUGCGACCUUUCCACCUUCCAGGAAAGAUGGUGGUCCCUCAGAAAUUCGUCGCCACAUAUUUCAAGUAUCCUCGUACCAAAUGUGUCUGUUAAUGUUGUUUAAUACUCAAGAGAGGUGGACUUACGAGGAAAUUAGUCAGCAUACAGAAAUUCCCGAAAGAGAUUUAAACCGAGCGUUGCAAUCACUAGCGUGUGGAAAAGCAACACAACGAGUUCUUACUAAAGACCCAAAAGGAAGAGAUAUUUCCACUACCGAUGUGUUUUCAGUGAAUGAACAAUUUACGUCCAAGUUACACAGAGUCAAAAUACAAACAGUUCUCGCUAAAGGUGAAAUGGAACCCGAGAGAAAGGAGACCAGAAGUAAAGUCGACGAAGACAGAAAACAUGAAAUCGAAGCUGCCAUUGUCAGAAUAAUGAAGGCGCGUAAGAAGAGACCACAUAAUCUUUUGGUUGCCGAGGUAACGGAACAGUUGAAAGCACGUUUCAUGCCGAGCCCGCAAGUUAUUAAGAAGAGAAUAGAAGGUUUGAUUGAGCGAGAGUACUUAGCCAGGACACCAGAAGACAGGAAAGUGUACGUUUACGUUGCUUAAGCGGGAUGUCUCGUCAAACACCAUUCCAAACCACAUUGUAGUUUGGUCGCCGAGGACAUGACUGAAUAAAUCAUUUGGCAUCCAUCUCUCUUGGGCACGAUAUCUUUUUAACUUUCAUUCUGUCACUUGUUCAAACAAGUUAGCUUCAUUUUAACACGAACCUCUGCUGGGGUCCAUAUUCAUUCACGAGCACGUGUUGGUUCAGUGAGGUGCGAAAACGUUCUUCAGUCGGACCUCUGCUAUUUUGAGUAAAACUCUUCAAAGGAUGGACGAAGAAUAUUUGUAGCUUAGUAUCACCUGGUUGUCUUUGGCGUUGUGUGGAUGUGGAAAAGUCGUUAGAAAUAUUCGCGACGUCACGUGAUAACGGAAAAAUCACGCCACGAGGCCGUUCAGCGUUGCAUACUGCGUCACGACUCACUGUCCUGUCUAAAACGAAGAGAACCAAACAGCUUUUCAUGGUUUCAGUGUAUCGAUGAGCUAAUAUUAUAAUUAAUUGCGAAGUGAAAAGCCACUUUACGUAAACAGGACUAAGCUACAAUCUUGCUGAACUUAAGUAUUUUUCCAUCGUUACAUUACAGUUUCCAAAAUCGUUAUUGAUCUUAAGCUUAAGUUCUCAGGGUAGGGAAAGUGCUACAACCUCGAUACUUGAAGAUGCAUCUGACUAACUAGAGAACAAUUGCAUUUGGGAAAUUCAACGGCCUACGCCAUUUUGUUACAAUUAUAGACUCAAUUUGUUUUACUUUAAUUUUGUAAAGAUUGGGCGCUGUGCCAUUUGUUCAGUGCUGUGGUAGACAGUGAUACAAGUUACUGCAGCUUAAGAUUGCAGAUUAAUUGAGUAAGGAUUCUUAGGUAAGAUCUACAGUAUUCGAUUUGUGAAUAAAAUAGAAAAACUGUG